CUAACCUCAUUCAAUAGUAGUCUACUUCGCUACCUCUCCCUCCUUCAGACUUCACUGCAUCGCAAAUAAUCCACAUACCACUAAACUCUUUGUUUAAAUAAUCACAAAAUCAUAUCUCCAAUAUUCCCUAACUAUCCAUUUCUCUCCUAAAUAGAAAAGAAGUAGAAGGAAGUGUGUUGUAAAGCGUUAAAAAGGAGUGUAAAGAAAAAGGAAGCAUCUCGUUGUAAACUUUCAAAAGGGUUAUUUCGCACAGAAUCGCACCGUCGACAUGAGGUUUCCACACAUGACAGCAAAGAGAAAGAAGUGAAAAGAAAUUGCGUCUUCAAAAACAAGUGUUUUGAAAACCUGCCUCUCUCACCGUAAACGUUAAAAGAAAGUGUUUAUUCCGUUCAGCAUAGCACUUCCAGCAUGAGAUUUCCACAAAGAGAAAGAAAUGAAGAGAAACCGCGUCUUUGAAAAAAAACAAUAAUAACAAAUAAAUAGAUAAACAAGUGUCUUGAAAACUUCCUCUCGCCGUAAACGUUCAAAAAGGUGUUUAUUCCGUCCUGCAUAGCACCUCCAAGCAUGAGGUUUACACACAGCAACAUAGUGGCAUCGACAGCGACCCUCCUACUGCUGGCAUCACACUGUACUCAAGGAGCCGGCGAACCCUGCUUCGCCCGCAGCUUCGGUCAGGACAGCGUGGUGUGCGUCUGCUCUGCCCGCGGGUGUGACCUCCCCGGCCGGCUGACCUUUCCUGACCCCGGCCACUUUACCGUCGUGACCUCUUCUCGCGAUGGCCUCAGGUUCCAUGUGGAGACGAAGGAGGUCGAUGAUUUUGGGGAGGAACAAGCAGAAGACCCAAAGGGCACGACAACCAUAGAAGUGGACCUGGACGACCGUCGGCAAGUGAUGCUCGGUUUCGGCGCCGCCUUCACCGACGCAUCGGGAAUCAACCUCGCUGCACUUUCCCCCGACGUCCGAGAGAUGGCGCUGAGGUCCUAUUUCUCUCCUGAGGGUAUUGAGUAUGAUCUCAGCCGCGUCCCGAUCGGUAGCUGCGACUUCUCCGUGAAGCCAUACUCUUACGCCGAAGUCGAGGGCGACGUCAAACUCGAACACUUCAAACUGGCUCAGGAAGACUUUCUAUACAAGAUUCCUCAGCUUCGUCGUGCCCAGGAGCUGAGCGAACGUCCCCUGAGGGUUUUGGGGUCCCCCUGGUCUCCUCCCACGUGGAUGAAGACCAAUGGUAAACACAACGAGUCCGGUCAGCUGAUCCGGGAGAUGUGGCGACCCUGGGCCGACUACCUCGUUAAGAUAUGACGCACCGGACGACGAGAAAGUCCUUCUGGGAUCCUGGGCGAGGGCGGAAUCCUACGCUAAGAACAUCAUCGAGAACCUCGCCCUGGACACGACCGGUGGACCGAACUGGGCAGCGAACCGGGUGGACGCACCGGUUAUCGUCAACUCGACAGCGGACGAGUUCUACAAGCAGCCCAUGUUCUACGCCUUGGGUCACUUCAGCAAAUUCGUCCCCGCGGGCUCCGUUCACGUGACCUCGCGUGUGGUGAAG